CCAACCGACCUCACAAGGAGUGCUCGAUCAAGAGCUCGAGCGAGCAAUGGAGGGCAACAAGGUAGUAGUGCAGGGAGCGGCGCUGGAGCAGGGGGAGGAGAAGAGAAGCUUCCCGGCGAAGGGGAAAGCAGAGGAAUCCAUGGCGACGGCGGCGGCAUCGUCUCCGGCAGCCGUCCUCGCCUUCCUCACGCGGCCCCUCUCGCUGCUGCGCCACGUCGCGCACGGCUGCGCCGGCUACCUCGGCGGCCUCGCCUCACGCCUGAAACCCGCCGCCGCCGCCGCCGAUGCUGCUGCUGCCUGUCAGCCUCAGCGAGAAGAGGGCAGCGUCGAGGCUGCAGCUCUCGUGACUGAAGAAGAGGUGUUGGUGGUUCAAGUGCGGUCGAGAGCGAUGGCUCCUCAGCGGCCUCGCGGGCUCAAGGAAGGCAAGGGUGGCAAUGGCGGAGCACACCGCAAAUAGUCAGUUCGGUUUUUGCUUCCAAGAAAUCAAGGGAGAAGGAUGGCUCAAGCAGCUGUCUGCUGCCUCUACAUACUGUUCAGAUGGCCCUCUGCCUGCUGCAUCAAACUUCAUUGAUGACAUGAUGUACUCUCUAUGCAAAUCAGGAGUGUAGAACUAAUGUAUGAUACUACUGAACUACGAGUUGUAAUAACUUGUUUCCCACUUAUAAAACGUUCACGUUUUGCA